UUUCAGUUCUUGUGUGGGUUGGAGAGAAGGAGCAGAACUGCAGCAAUGUUGGCAAUGAUAAAUCGUGUUCUGGAUUGGAUCCGGAGUUUAUUCUGGAAAGAGGAAAUGGAAUUAACACUUGUUGGGUUGCAGAAUUCUGGAAAAACUACAUUUGUUAAUGUUAUUGCGAGUGGUCAGUUCACUGAAGACAUGAUUCCAACGGUCGGAUUCAAUAUGCGUAAAAUCACAAAGGGAAAUGUCACAAUUAAGUUAUGGGAUAUUGGUGGACAACCUCGGUUUCGUUCUAUGUGGGAAAGGUAUUGUCGAGGUGUCAAUGCGAUCAUUUUUAUGGUCGAUGCUGCUGAUGAAGAUAAACUGGAGGCUUCUAGGAAUGAAUUAAGCCAGCUUCUAGAUAAGCCACAGCUUGAUUCCAUCCCAGUGCUUGUAUUAGCAAAUAAAAAAGACCUUCCUGGUGCUCUUGAUGAACGGCAGCUUAUUGAACGGAUGGAUUUAUCAGCAAUCCAGAACAGAGAAAUCUGUUGCUAUUCGAUAUCUUGCAAGGAAAAGGACAAUAUAGAUAUAACACUGCAGUGGUUAAUUCAGCAUUCGAAAAGUGAAAGAUAAUUAAUGGUGAUUUGGGUGCUGUUCCCUUGGUGAAAUCAACCAAUCUUUUGUGCGAAUUUUGCUAAUUUGUAGUUGCAAACACUAUCAUCUGCUCUCACUUCAUCUCUGCACUACGCAUUUGCUUUUUUAUUCGUCUUCAGGAACAAUUUUGAAACACACAAAUAAUAUUAAACCUCCUUUCCUGAUCUUAUAGAUUUUAAAUUUGGGAACUGAUUAAAUAAAUUGAACGGAUUUUGGAAUGAUAUCAUUCGGUCCUGUUGCUGGUCCUAUUUUCUAGGAUGUUUUGUUGGGAUUGCAUUUGCUUAAAUCACUUAUCUCUACUUUUCCUUAGGUAAGAUUUGUGUCAGCAGUUUUUUAACUCUAAUUUUUUUAGUCAGUAUUUUUUAACUUUGAUUGGCUCUUGCUUAUCUAGCUCGAGUGUCAUUUAUUUUUGAUUUUUUUCCUUCAUUUUUUUGGCGCAGGUAUCGUUCAUUUAUAUGUUCUAUUCG